AUGACAUCUUCAGCAUUGAUACCGAUUAAUAAUGAGAAAAAUUAUUUUUUACAACCAUCAAAAUCAUCAUUAAAUUGUUAUUCAAUACAUGAUCAUGGUCAUGGUUAUCGAACAUAUUCAUAUGAAUUUAAUUUAAAAAAUUAUAAACCUGAACAAAUAAAUGUUUUAAUUGAUAAUUCUAAUAGAUUACAUAUACAUGCAUAUCAUUCACUAUGUCAUGAAUUUCGACGUGAAUAUAAACUAGGUGGAUCAAAUAUUGAAGCAAAACUUAUACGAAAUACAGUUGAUAUAUAUGGACAUCUUCGUAUUGAUGUAGAUAUUCGACCACGUCAAUAUAAUAUACUACCAUCAAUAAAUAAUAAUAUUCUAACAUUUGAUUUACAUGGUUAUCGACCUAAAAAUGUAACUAUUAGAAUAAAUGAAAAUGGUUUAUUAAAAAUAAAUGCACAACAUUAUGAUAAUGUAAAUGAAUAUUGUAUUAGUAGAGAAUAUUAUCGUCAAUAUCAAUUAUCAAAAAAUAUUAAUCCUAAUCAAAUACGAGCAAAAUUUGAUAAUAAUCAUCAAAUAUUAACUAUACAAUUACCACAAUCAUUACCUAGAAGAAGUUCAUCAUGGGAACCUUAUUAUAAUAAAAAUGAUUCAUUAAUUUAUGGUAAAGAACCAUAUGGAAAUCCAUGUUAUUGUAAUCUUAUGUAA